AUGGGUUUGUUCACGUUGCCCACAGUUGCACUGUUUAUUCUGCUCACACUGAGCUUGGCAUUCGUUCAUGAAGGAAUUCCGACUACCCUUGAUGGACCCUUCAAGCCUGUCACUGUUCCUCUUGACAAGAGCUUUCGAGGAAAUGCAGUUGACUUGCCUGAAACUGAUCCUCGAGUUAAAAGAAUCGUUAAAGGUUUCAAGCCUGAACAAAUCUCUGUCUCUCUCUCUGGAACCCAUGACUCUGUUUGGAUAUCUUGGAUCACAGGGGAGUUUCAAAUUGGGGACAAUAUAGAACCAUUGGAUCCGAAAACUGUUUCAGGUGUUGUUGUAUAUGGAAGAUAUGGAUUUCCUAUGACCAACAGAUCAACCGGGAAUAAUUCCCUUGUUUACAAUCAGCUGUAUCAGUUUGAAGGCCUCAAAAACUACACUUCUGGGAUUAUACACCAUGUUCGUCUCGCAGGAUUGAUACCCAACACCUUAUAUCAGUAUCAAUGUGGCGAUCCUUCUAUUCCAGCAAUGAGUAGAGUGUCAUAUUUCAAGACUAUGCCGGUAUCCGGGCCCAAGAGUUACCCCAGCAGAGUAGCUGUGGUGGGGGACCUGGGUCUUACAUACAAUACUACAUCAACAGUUGAUCACUUGUUGGCUAACCGACCCGAUCUUCUAUUAUUGGUUGGGGAUGUUAGUUAUGCUGACUUGUAUCUCACAAAUGGAACUGGGUCUGAUUGUUACUCUUGCUCAUUUCCACAUACUCCCAUUCAGGAAACAUAUCAGCCUCGUUGGGAUUACUGGGGAAGGUAUAUGCAGCCUCUAGUGUCCAAAGUUCCAAUAAUGGUGAUAGAAGGAGACCAUGACAUUGAACAACAGGCUGGAAAUCAAACAUUUGUUUCUUAUAGUUCGCGAUUUGCGUUCCCCUCAGAAGAGAGUGGAUCAUCAUCUACAUUAUUCUAUUCUUUUAAUGCCGGGGGAAUUCACUUCAUAAUGCUUGGUGCCUACACAGCCUAUAACAAAUCAGCCGAUCAGUACGUGUGGUUGGAGAAAGAUCUGGCUAAUUUUGACAGAAAUGUGACUCCUUGGUUGGUAGCUACAUGGCACCCACCAUGGUACAGCACCUACGUGGCACAUUACAGAGAAGCGGAGUGUAUGAGAGUCGAGAUGGAAGACAUACUUUAUAAGUAUGGUGUUGAUAUCGUCUUCAAUGGCCAUGUUCACGCCUACGAGAGGUCAAAUCGAGUGUAUAACUACACUUUGGAUCCCUGUGGUCCUGUAUAUAUAACAGUUGGUGAUGGUGGUAACCGAGAGAAGAUGGCAAUUGCACAUGCUGAUGAACCCGGAAACUGUCCAGAACCGUGUACAACUCCAGACAAAUUUAUGGGUGGCUUUUGUGCAUUUAAUUUCACAUCAGGCCCCGCAGCAGGAAAGUUCUGUUGGGACCGGCAGCCUGAAUAUAGUGCAUAUCGAGAAAGUAGCUUUGGUCAUGGGAUUCUAGAGGUGAAAAAUGAGACUCAUGCUUUAUGGUCCUGGCACCGAAAUCAGGACUUCUACGGAUAUGCUGGAGAUCAAAUUUUUAUUGUAAGGCAGCCUGAUAGCUGUCCAGUUACGGCAAACGUUACACAAAACAAUUGA